AUGUGACAUUUGAUGCAACUCAUUAUGACAGAUUUAGGUCCCAUAAACAAGAUGGAGUAAUGAGAUAAAAGAGAGAAGGUUGUAGUAAAAUGAGAAGAAACAGAUUAUCAUGCAAAAAUGGUUGAACGAAAGCUAUUAGCCUAAUUAUAUAUAAGAAAGUGAGAGAUAUAUAAUAUGUUUUAGUAUUUAUCUUCGUGAAUAUAUAAGUGGCGGGAGAUCUCUAUAGAGAAAGAUAGAAUAUUACAUAGGGCAGGAUAAUUUAAAGGAUAACAUAUUUUAAAAAAAAAAAAAAAAAAAAUUGCCGGCUAAAAUGGCAACGGCUACUCUGGUAAGGCGAAUGGGCACUGCCGUAAAGCAAGCAGCCAAGAAAGGGUCAAGUGGUGGAGGAUGGUACGGCCCUCACAUGGCGGCGGCCUCUCGUGCUAUCGCCGAACGGAUUCCACUUGUUGAUCUUGUUCUUGAAGUCAGAGAUGCCAGGAUUCCAUUAUCAUCAGAAUAUGAGCAAUUGAGAGACUACACAUCUUCGUCAAGGAAGAUCAUAGUGAUGAACAAGAUGGACCUUGCAAAUCGGUCUCAAAUUAAGGAGUGGAUAAGCUACUUCGGGCAACAAAACUGCAUUUGUUAUGCAGUCAAUUCACAUAAUAAACAGAAUAUAAAGGAGUUCUUGAAUUUUUUACAAGCCCGGGUCAGAGAAUUGAAGAAGACAAAUCCUUAUAGUUAUACCACAACAAUAAUGCUUGUUGGGAUUCCAAAUGUUGGUAAGUCAGCCCUUGCCAACGCUUUACAUCAAAUUGGGAGGAUUAGUGCCACAGAGAAAGGAAAGUUGAAGCAUGCAACAGUGAGUCCACAUCCAGGCGAGACGAAAGAUAUCAGCAGCUUGAAGAUUGGUAGCCAUCCCAAUGUUUAUGUGUUGGACACCCCAAGUGUUUUGCCACCUGAAAUUCUGGACGAUGAGGUUUGCUCGAAGUUAGCUUUAACAGGAUCAAUCAGAGAUUGCUUAGUAGGAGAAAGGGAAAUUGCUCAAUAUUUUCUGGCUAUUCUGAACUUAAGUGAUGAAUAUAAGAAAUGGGCAAAGUUGACCGUGAAUAAGGACGACAGAACAUUCUUAGACCACAAAGCAGAGUGUUUAAGCAGCCCUCAGUUGGGCAAGAAACAGAAAAGGCAAUACCCCACAGAUCACACGCAGGAUUUCAUCGUGCAUGAUGUUCGUCGAACUCUCUUUGAGUCAAUUUCAUCUUUCCAUGGUAAUAUGGAAGAUGAAAAGGAUCUUUCAAGGCUUAUUGAGACCCAGUUCACUUCAUUGCUUGAAGCUUUUCGGAUUCCCAUGGAAGUUGGUGAAGAAGCUCAAAACAAAGUUGCAGCCAAGUUACUGGAUCUAUAUCGUACUGGGCGCCUAGGACAUUAUACUUUAGAUCCCAUUCCCCGGGACACCCAGUGGCCCUUUUAGCCUUUUAGGUGUCAUCCAUUCAUUGCCUUGAAUGUUUAUAUUAUUGGACUUCUCUUUCAAAAAUAUAUAUAUAUAUAUAUAUAUAUAUAUAUUAUUGGGCUUUUGGUUUUUGAUUUGAAACAAUCUCAAGCUGUAUGUCAUAUUAUAUCUUCUCAUAGAAGUACUGUCCACAAUAAACAAAGCCAGAGUAGACACCACACGUCUGCCAGUGUGUUGUCAUCGGCUGUUUUGCAUUACGUGCUACAA